CAGACCUAAGAGGCUAACAAAUCCCCUGGACUCAAGGAACAGCAACGACAAGGAGCCACAUUCUCUCGCAUUUUCUGUCUCGAUUGCCAAAAUGGCGAAGCACUCCAGAUCCAAAUCAUCGUCAUCGGAACCUUUAUCGGACAGUUCGGAGGACGAGCGAGUUAACGAUCAAGUUACCGACGAGGUGGACGAGGAGGAGCUCGAGGUCGUGGGUAGAGCGGGGGAGGACUCGGAGGAAGCGGAGGAUCAGGACGGGGAAGAAGACAAUGACGAGGCCGCCGCUGACGAGGACGAGGAGGAGGAGAACGAGGAAGAUGAUGAUGCAGCUAAUGAAACAGGGAAACGUGAAAAGGCCAGAUUGAAAGAAAUGCAGAGGCUUAAGAAAAAUAAGAUACAAGAAAUAUUGGAUGAACAAAAUGCGGCUAUUGAUGCUGACAUGAACAACAAAGGGAAGGGCCGUCUCAAGUACCUCCUGCAGCAAACAGAGUUAUUUGCUCAUUUUGCAAAAGGGGAUCAACCUUCUCAGAAGAAAGUAAAAGGAAGGGGUCGCCAUGCAUCUAAAGUGACUGAAGAGGAAGAAGAUGAGGAGUAUCUCAAAGAUGAAGAAGAUGGGCUUUCUGGAAAUACACGGCUGGUGGCACAACCCUCUUGUAUUCAAGGAAAGAUGCGUGACUACCAACUUGCUGGUUUGAACUGGCUUAUACGGCUCUAUGAAAAUGGCAUAAAUGGAAUACUUGCUGAUGAAAUGGGGCUUGGUAAAACAUUGCAAACAAUCUCCUUAAUGGGAUACCUACAUGAAUUUAGAGGAAUAACUGGCCCUCAUAUGGUUGUUGCUCCAAAAUCUACACUUGGCAACUGGAUGAAUGAAAUAAAACGUUUCUGUCCAGUUUUGCGUGCUGUCAAAUUUCUUGGAAACCCAGAUGAAAGGAGGUAUAUACGUGAGGAGUUACUUGUUGCUGGAAAGUUUGAUGUGUGUGUCACUAGUUUUGAAAUGGUUAUUAAAGAGAAGUCUGCUCUUCGUCGCUUUAGUUGGCGCUACAUCAUAAUUGAUGAAGCUCAUCGUAUCAAAAAUGAAAAUUCUCUCCUGUCAAAGACAAUGAGGAUUUAUAAUACUAAUUAUCGACUUCUUAUCACAGGGACACCUCUGCAGAAUAAUCUUCAUGAACUAUGGGCUCUUCUCAACUUUUUGCUCCCAGAAAUCUUCAGCUCUGCAGAAACUUUUGAUGAAUGGUUUCAAAUUUCUGGUGAAAAUGACCAGCAGGAGGUUGUCCAACAGCUUCACAAGGUCCUUCGACCGUUUCUUCUCAGGAGACUGAAGUCUGAUGUUGAGAAAGGUCUUCCUCCAAAGAAGGAAACAAUCCUCAAGGUUGGUAUGUCCCAGAUGCAGAAGCAAUAUUAUAAAGCUUUGUUGCAAAAAGAUCUAGAAGUUGUUAAUUCUGGUGGAGAGCGCAAGCGUCUUCUAAAUAUAGCCAUGCAACUGCGGAAAUGCUGCAAUCAUCCAUAUCUGUUCCAAGGUGCUGAACCAGGACCUCCUUAUACUACGGGAGAUCAUCUGGUAGAGAAUGCUGGCAAAAUGGUUCUUCUGGAUAAGCUGCUUCCAAAACUAAAGGAGCGUGGUUCAAGGGUGUUAAUAUUUUCACAGAUGACCAGACUUUUAGACAUUCUUGAAGACUACUUAAUGUACCGUGGUCAUCAAUAUUGCCGGAUUGACGGAAAUACUGGUGGGGAGGAUCGUGAUGCUUCCAUUGAAGUCUUUAACAAGCCAGGAAGUGAGAAAUUUGCGUUCUUGUUAUCAACUAGGGCUGGGGGUCUCGGAAUCAAUCUGGCGACUGCCGAUAUUGUGAUACUUUACGACAGUGAUUGGAAUCCACAGGUUGAUUUGCAAGCUCAGGAUCGUGCUCAUAGGAUUGGUCAGAAGAAGGAAGUUCAAGUGUUCCGUUUUUGCACUGAGUAUACUAUUGAGGAAAAGGUGAUUGAAAGAGCUUAUAAGAAGCUUGCACUUGAUGCUUUGGUUAUCCAGCAAGGAAGGCUGGCAGAGCAAAAAGCUGUAAAUAAGGAUGAGCUACUGCAGAUGGUGAGGUUUGGUGCUGAGAUGGUUUUCAGUUCCAAGGAUAGCACAAUCACAGAUGAAGAUAUAGAUAGGAUCAUUGCUAAAGGAGAAGAGGCUACAGCUGAACUUGAUGCCAAGAUGAAGAAGUUUACAGAAGAUGCUAUCAAGUUUAAGAUGGAUGACCCUGCUGAUAUCUAUGACUUUGAUGAUGAAAAGGAUGAAAAUAAGGUUGAUUUUAAGAAGAUUGCCAGUGAAAAUUGGAUUGAGCCACCAAGAAGAGAGCGAAAGCGCAAUUACUCGGAGUCGGAAUAUUUCAAGCAAACAAUGCGACAGAAUGGUCCUGCAAGACCCAAAGAGCCUCGAAUUCCUCGCAUGCCUCAGUUGCAUGACUUCCAGUUCUUUAACACACAGAGACUAAGUGAGCUGUUUGAGAAGGAAGUUCGCUACCUCAUGCAAACACAUCAGAAGAACCAAUUGAAAGACACAAUAGAUAUGGAGGAAGCAGAAGAUGUGGGAGAACCUUUGACUGCUGAAGAACAGGAAGAGAAAGAACGCCUCUUGGAACAGGGAUUUUCAACAUGGAGCAGAAGAGACUUCAAUACUUUCAUCAGGGCCUGUGAGAAAUAUGGCCGUAAUGAUAUAAAAAGUAUUGCUACGGAAAUGGAAGGGAAAACAGAGGAGGAAGUUGAAAGAUACGCUAAAAUUUUCAAAGAGAGAUACAAAGAAUUAAAUGAUUAUGAUAGGAUCAUCAAGAACAUUGAGAGAGGAGAGGCCAGAAUUUCCCGGAGAGAUGAGAUCAUGAAAGCAAUUGGGAAAAAAUUGGAUCGUUACAAGAACCCAUGGUUGGAGUUAAAAAUCCAAUAUGGUCAGAACAAGGGCAAGUUUUACAAUGAGGAAUGUGAUCGUUUUAUGGUGUGCAUGGUUCACAAGAUAGGGUAUGGAAACUGGGAUGACUUGAAAGCAGCUUUCCGCACAUCAACUUUGUUUCGUUUUGAUUGGUUUGUCAAGUCUCGAACUGCCCAGGAAUUGGCAAGGAGAUGUGAUACACUUAUUCGGCUGAUUGAGAAGGAAAACCAAGAAUUUGAUGAGAGGGAGAGGCAAGCCCGCAAGGAAAAGAAACUUGCCAAGAUGAAUAAUACGCCAUCAAAGCGGGCGUCAGCAAGGCAAGCUGCAGAGAGCCCUCCUACUUCAACAAAGAAGCGGAAACAAUCAUCAAUGGAUGACUAUGUCAACUCGGGAAGGAAGAGGAAAUGAUUGAUGGUGAAAGUGAAAUUCUUUUUGCUGGAUGGAUCCUUGGGCGGGGCGGGCCUUACACUUAAAACUAAUGAUUUUUGUACAUUUUAGAAGACUUGAUGACAUUAAUGGGGUACAAUACAAUACAAUUAUCUCUUGUUUAAAUGCAUCUCCUAUUCUCUAGUAGCAUUUUUGGUGUAAGGCCAAUUUUGUUGUCAUUAACUAACUGUCAUUGACUAUAUAUUAUAUAGUAAUAUUUUAUUACAGAUGUUUUAU